GCCUCACGUCAUCUCUCUUUGUCCAACAGCAGAAGCAGCGUCUAACGAUACAGAAUUAAACGCUGAAUUAAACACGAUGGGACACAAACAGCAGAAGUGAUUUAUAUGAGCAAUUAUCAUCAGUUCAUGUGAAGAUGUGUGAUUUGAGUUCAGCGCUCAUUGAAGAGGGCUGGUACCUCACAGAUGAAGGAAUCGAGGAGUGUAAAAGUUCUUCAGAGAAGAAGACAUCACUCACUCACAUCAUCCAAGUUGCACUAAAUAGCGAUCUGAGACCCAUUGGAAAGAGUGUCCUCCCUGCGGACAUCAACAGUGGCCGAAUAGACAAGUUGGAGGGUCUGUGCAUUCUUCAGGUGCAGAAGAUUCGUAAUGUUGCCGCUCCUAAAGAUCACGAGGAGUCGCAGGCGGCACCCAGAAUGCUGCGUGUGCACAUGACUGACGGUCACACCACCUGCACUGGCCUUGAGAUUGCACAGAUGUCCAAAAUCAGUCUGAACACUCCACCUGGAACCAAAGUGAAACUCCUAGGGAACGUUCAGGUUAAGAACGGCAUCCUGCUAUUGGACGAUUCCAAGAUCGCCGUUCUCGGUGGCGAGGUGGAUCACAUGAUCGAGAAAUGGGAGUUGCAGAGGAGCCUCGCCAAACACAGCCGAAGAAACAUCGGUGCUGAAGGUGGACCACCUCCGUUUGUUCCCUUUGGACAGAAAUGUGCUCAUAAGGAGCAGGUGGACAGCAGAGCUCUAGACCAGCGGAAAACCCUCCAGAGCAUCAAUGCUGCCAAAACAGCAGAGGAAAACGAUGAGUUUGAGAAACAAAGAACCGCUGCUAUUGCAGAGGUUGCCAAGAGUAAAGAAACUCGAACGUUUGGCGGUGGAGGUAGUAACGCAGGUGGAAAUCUCAGCAAUCCAAGCUCCAACUACAAGACUCGAGACACAUAUCAGAAAAGAAGAGAGGAGAAAGAGAAGCAGUGGAUGGAGAACAAACCAGAAGGAGUUUAUAGAGACCUGGUUGACGAGCGAGCUCUGAAGGACAUAAUGGAGAUGGGGUUUAACCGAGAGGCCGCCCGACAGGCCCUCCUUGAUAACAAUAAUAAUGUGGAGGUGGCCCUCAACUUCCUGCUUACUGGAAACAACCAGCCCAAUGUGGCACAAAUGGAGCAGAGUCACCCACCACCUCGGGGUAAGGGUCGUGGACGGGGACGUUCCAGACAGGAUGAGGAUGUGGAGUCAGGAGGAAGACCUUCAGGACCAAGCACGCUGUUUGACUUCCUGGAGUCAAAAAUGGGAACAUUCUCCAUUGAUGAUUCAAAGUGCCAGCCUUCACAACUAGACCAUCAAGCUAAGAGCUUCCCCAACACAGAUCAAACGUUCAGAGAACGGUACCCUCCCCGAAAUGAAGGAAGAUCACAGAGAAACGACAGACCUCCACGGUUCCAAAAAGACGGAGAGUUUCCUAAACCAAACCCAGCAUCAUCAUCUGCUUUCUCAGGGCCGCAAAAAUGGAAAGACAGAGAGAGAACAGGAAGAGGAGAGUCGGAACGAUGGAAGAUUGACGGUCAAGAUGGUCGAAGCUCACAUUUAAACUCUCCCUCUGAAAACGUCCAUCAGGGUUCAAAGGAAUAUGGAGGAUCAAAGAAUGUCCAACAGGUAACUCAUAAUGGCAGUUGGAGAGAGCAGGGUGGCUUAGUGCGAUCUGAUUCUUCUUCGUUUAGGAAGAACCAGGCAAAUGGACAAUCUGGACCCAAAUCCUCAAAUUCUGUUGUUACAAGUUUAGAUCCAAAAGGUCGAUACGAGCCCAACAAUAAAAGGAAAGGCAAGUCAGAAAGACCCAAUUCUGGCUACUUUGACCGUUCCCAAGAUGCAUUGGGCGGCACAACUGCAAAAAAAGACUUUGCACAGGACGGAGGGGCAGAUAAGUUCAUCAAAGGGGGAGGAGUUUCAAACAUGCAGCUCCCUAACGGUGAUUUGGAAUGCAGACGGACUGGUCCAAUCAAACUGCAGUCUUCAGGCCCACCUCAGAAGCAAACCAACAUGCAUAACUCUGCCUCUAGGAGACGAUCAGGCCCAGUCAAAGGCCCAAGAGCAUCUGAACCAGUGGACAGUUAUGUGAGCUGGAAAGCUGGUGACCAGUGUCUAGCGCUUUACUGGGAAGAUAAUAAGUUUUACCGGGCGAGAAUAGACGCUGUCCACCCCUCUGGCUCCACGGCUGUGGUCGUGUUCAGUGAUUACGGCAACUGUGAAGAAGUUCUACUUCAUAAUAUCAAACCUCUGCACAUGGAUGUGUGGGUAAGCCGUGAAUGACCAAAGAUUCUCCACUUGUGUUGUGUUAGUUCUGAUGAGGAAGAUGUUUACUAUGAAAAUUCUCUAGAAUUUCGAAGAGGAGGAGACGGGCAUCCUCGCCGCUCUCGACCAACGCAACAAUAUUACCAACCGCCUAGAGCAAGAGACUGACACACACACGCACACACAAAUGGAUAUUCACAACCUUCCCGUUUCAUGUUAUUUGUUCGGUUCUCCUGAAAAUACAACUAGAUUUUUUUUGUUUUGUUUUAGGAUUCAGGAUUAGAUCAGGGUCUGAAUUUGGGUGUUACUCUUCUUCAGCUUAAAAGCUCCUCUAGCAUCGUAUGCUUUCUAAUGUAUAAAAUAAAAAUGCAAAACAAUGUUCUCUCCCUCCUUGCAGGUAACUAUCAUGAGUCUUUUCUUGGGCAAAAUAAUUGGACAAAACAAGGUUUGGUUUGUUGUAUCUUUCCACAAGUAACAUUAUUAACACUUGACUAUAGAUGAAUAGAAGAAAUGCUAAUGGGGUGAAUCCCACAAUCUAAAAUCAAAAGAAAGAAAUAAGAAAUGAUAUUUUGCUUAAAGAAAAUCAUAUUACGUAAUGUAAAUAAAAUGUGAUGCAAUAAAUGAUGCUAAUAUUUACGUUGUAUUAUAAGUAUUAAUACAUCAUGGUAUUAUUUGUGGUAAUUUCUUUCAUACAGUCAUUUUGACUGUAUUAUGCUAAUACAAAUCACCAUUAAAAAUAAUGUGAUUUACAAAAACUACAAGUACAACAUCCAGACGCAUUACGGUAAUGAAAAAUACCGUAAUUGUCACACAAAAUAAUGUUAAAAUGCAUAAAAAAAGGUCCUAAAAAUAGACUUCCUGUUUUAUGCAAAAUAUAAUUUAUUUUUAGUUUCUUUUGAUUUUGGGCUGAAAUGUGAACUCAAAAUGUUUUUGUGAGAUUCAUCCUAAAUGCGUACUCUAUAAAUUGAUGCAACAUUUGUAUUUAACCCGGGGCAUCAUGUUGGUUACACGCCUCGUUUAAUGUGUGUGUGAGAUAAAUACUAACUCUUUAUAUUCUCUGAGUUAAAUGGAAACUUUCGUGUUUGUUAGCAAAAACAGUUUUUAACCUCUAGGAAUGAUAAUCUGAUCUCUGCUUUAAGAGAUGAAAGAGCAUAUCUCUCAACUAACUGAUCUUGGCCUCCGCAUGGGUGACUGAUCUGUAAGGGCUUGCAGCACAAGUUGCAUCUAUGAAAUCUGAUCUCUGUGUUUAACUUGCAAAGCAAACAGUUGCUGUACAUGGUAAAUAUUUGUAAAAGACUUGAUGAUAAAAUUAUUAUAAAAGCGCUGCACUCUUGUUCCAAGUUCAAUGCGUUGUUUUUUUUUUUGCAGUUGAUAUGUUGAGUUUGUGUAAAGUCAACGUGAAAUCCAAUUUAAUCCCCAUUUACAAAUCACGUUUUUUGCCUUAUCCAUCAAAUAACGGUUCUGCCCCUGAAACGACUUUUCUGUUUGACGUCAACAAGCCCUCUUAUUUUUCAACCCACCUGUCAUAUAAAGACCACUUUAUAUGGUCAUCACCCAAAUUUUUAUCUCAGUGUUUCACUCGAAAAUGUCAUAUUAUAGAAGUGCAAUGGGUUGUGAACACCGUUUCAUGUUGACUUUAAAGCUGCGUUGUGUAAUUUCUGCACCACUUGUGGAAUUGCUCAAAUAUGAACUGUUUUCAAACACUACUGUUGUUCAGCAAACAGGGAGUCAUGCCCUAAAUUCACGCCAUUGGUUGACCCAGUCAGGGCACCCAAUAGAGCACAACAGUAUCUGCCCACUUUUUCAGCCUUCUUGUUUCUGGAAGUAUUUUUCCCAUUCAUUUUUUCCUUAGGGAUUUCAUAAAGUCCUUCAUUAAAGAGUUCUAAGCUUUCUUAGGGAAUGAACUACAAUCCCAUGACGCAUUGUUAAUGACAGUCAAAUUAAAAACUAGAAAAAAAAUAAAAUUGUUGAUUUAAAGUUGUUGAUUAUAAGUAUCAAAAAUAUAUUAAAAUUUUACUGCAAAAUAUCCAGGGAUAUACAAAUAUACAAGGUGUUUGAGAGUGUGGGGAGAGUCACUUGAUUCUAACUGCAGAGGACUUUUUGAGCUUUUUAUUUUCUGCGAUUCUCUGAUUGGUGGAUUUUCCCCCUCAGGAUCAUGGGUAUUGAAGUUCUAAACCAGGAAUUCCACCAUUAAUUCCUCCAUUAACCCUUUAAGCUCCAAGUGUUUUUUUUUUAUUUAUUUUUUUAAAUGUCCUGUUUCAGUGGCAUACCGAAAAUUCAAGGCUAUUAACUUGACAAAAAAAAAAUUGGAGGGUCAAAUGUUUGGAAUCAUUGUAAAGAAAACGUUUCACAAUUUGUGAAGAUAUAGAUAUUUGUUGAAAUCAGAAGUUUACAUACACUUUGUUAGUUGAGAUGUUGCUUCAAUAUAUCCACAUAAUUUCCCUUCCUUUAUGAUGCCAUCUAUUUUGUGAAGUGCACCAGUCAGUGAAGCACCCCCACAAAAUGAUGCUGCAACCCCCAUGCUUCACUGUAAUGUUUUCCUCCAAACAUAACAAUGGUCAUUAUGGCCAGACGGUUCAAAAAAAAUGUUUUAUUAGAGGACAUUUCUCCAAAAAGUAAGAUCUUAAGAUCCAUGUGCACUUGCAAUCUGUAGUCUGACUUUUUUCUGGUGGUUUUGGAGUAGUGGCAUUUUCCUUGCUGAGCAGCCUUUCAGGCUAUGUUGAAAUAGGAUUAGUUAUACUGUGGAUAUAGAUACUUGUCAACCUGUUUCCUCCAGCAUCUUCACAAGGUCCUUUGCUGUUGUUUUGGGAUUGAUUUGCACUUUUCGCACCAAACUACGUUCACCUCUAGGAUACCGAAUGCAUCUCUUGUGGUCCCAUGGUGUUUAUACUUAAGUACUAUUGUUUGUACAGAUGAACAUGGUAACUUAAGGCGUUUGAAAAUUGCUCCCAAGGAUGAACCAGGCUUGUGGAGGUCCACAAUUAUUUUCUGAGGUCUUGGCUGAUUUCUUUCUGAUGCUGAGCAAAGAGGCACAGAGUUUGAUGGUAGGCCUUAAAAUACUUCCGCAGGUACACCUCCAAUUCAGUAGACCUCCUUUCAGAAGCUAAUUACCUAAAGGCUUGACAUCAUUUUCUGGAAUUUUCCAAGCUGCUUAAAGGUGCAGUUAACAUUGUGAUGUAGUGAAACAAUCUGUCUGUAAACAGUUGUUGGAAAAAUUACUUGUCAUGUACAAAGAUGUCCUAAACAACUUGCCAAAACUAUAGUUUACUAAUAUUAAAUCUGUUAAAUUCAUUUUAAUGACUUCAACCUAAAUGUAUGUAAACUUCUGACUUCAGCUGUAGAUUAUGAUAAAUUCUGAGACUCAGUCUAAGAAACUGCUGAAAGAAAAAAAAUUGUUAUUAUAUAAAAAGGGUGUAAAUAAUGUGACUUCGAAAAGCUGAUUUUGUUUUGUUCCCAAUCAUGUAAACUGUAACUGAAAAAGUUUUUGUGUUCAAAUGACAAAGCGAUCAUAAUUUAGGCAUUGCAAAAAUUAUCUUAUUGUUCAAAAGCGUCUCCAAACAAAUAAAACAUAAUAAUUGUACAUAAGAACUAAUCACACAUGCAAACACAACAAUGACUAAAGGUUUGCAUAGCAUGCAAACAUGAUUUUACUCAUGAGAUUUAAUAGAAUGAGUUUAAUUCUGUGCCAUUUGAGUCAUUAUUGAGUCUAUGUACUGUGUACUUGACACUAUCUCAUGGUGACCAUAUGUAACAGUCACCAAUCACAUGUCUCUGCCCAAAUAUGGAUGAUUUAUGCGCUAAUCUGAACUCAAUCGAUUGGUUUAGCAUUCCAUGACACUACAUCAUUUCUGAUGAUGUCAUCUGAUCCUGGAAAGCAAAUGUGUUUUCAGCCAAAUUGCAAGAUGCUGUGUGCACUUUGUACUUUGUGUCAAUUAUCUAAUGAUCUAUUGCACAUUUUUUUUAAUAAAUUAUCAA